GCCUUGCCCGCACGGAUGUGGGGCCCAGAGGGCUCCGGGGCACCGGGGACGUGCCGCUCUGAGGGACGGCGAUCUUGGAGUCCCGGCUGCGGCGUUUCCGUGGCGGGGGGAGCCGUGCCGCGCCAGGACGUGCCCGGGGCCGUGCCCGCUCCCGCUCCCGCUCCCGUUCCCGACCGGGCGGGGCAGCGGCGGCCCUUCCUGCUGCGGAGGGGCGGCGCGGCGGGGCAUGGCGCUGGUGACGGUGCGGCGGGCGGGGGGCUCCGCCGGGGGCCCCGCGGAGGAAGAUGCUCCCAGACGUGGCCAACUGCAGCGACGAGCUUCGUCAUGGUCAAGGGGGCAGCGCGGCUGCUGCCGGCAGAGGAGCCGCCCCCGGCCGAGCCCCCCGCGGCCGAGCCCCCCUGGCAGGCCCCGGGACAGCAGGAGCAGCACCUGCACCUCAUGAUGCAGCUGCUGCGCCCCCAGGACGCCAUUCGGCUGGCGGUGCGGCUGGAGUCAGUGCAGCCGCGGCGGGUGCGGUACCUGCUGGUGGUGCGGCCGGAGGAGGCGGGAGCUGAGGCGGAGACGGCGCUGCUGGGUGUGGAUUUCUCCCACGAGGGGGCCACCCGCUGCACUCUGGGCAUGGUGCUGCCCCUCUGGAGCGACACCCAGGUGUUCCUCGACGGCGACGGGGGUUUCAGCGUGACAUCGGGGGGACAGACACGCAUCUUCAAGCCCAUCUCUGUGCAGACCAUGUGGGCCGCGCUGCAAGAGCUGCACCUGGCCUGCGAGGACGCGGCCCGCGGCGGGCACAUCCCCGGAGGCCCCGCGCUGGCCUGGGCCCGCGGCUACGCGACAGCGCUGGGCUCGGAGCAGAGCUGCCUCAACGAGUGGCUGGCCAUGGCUGACCUCGAGUCCGUGCGCCCCGCCUCGCCCACAGCCCUGCGGCCGGCCGUGCUGGAGCUGUCGGAGCAGGCGGUGCGGGCGCUGCUGCGGGAGGUGAUGGCCGCUGCCGACCUGGAGAACGUCACCUCCAAGGAGGUGCGGGAGGAGCUGGAGCGGCGCACGGGACACAGCCUGGCCGAGCACAAAGAUUUCAUCGACAACGAGAUGCUGCUGGUGCUGGCGCAGAUGGAUCGGCCUUCCCGUGUCUUCCCGCACCUGUUCCUGGGCUCCGAGUGGAACGCAGCCAACCUGGAGGAGCUGCAGCAGAAUAAGGUCACCCACAUCCUGAAUGUGGCGCGGGAGAUCGACAACUUCUUCCCGGCGCUGUUCACGUACAUGAACGUGCGAGUGUACGACGAGGAGGCGGCCGAGCUCCUGCCCCACUGGAACGACACCUUCCUCUUCCUCUCCCGCGUCCGGGCGGCGGGAGGCCGGGCGCUGGUGCACUGCCGGAUGGGGCUGAGCCGCUCGGCCGCCACGGUGCUGGCCUACGCCAUGAAGGAGUUCGGGUGGCCCCUGGAGCGGGCGCUGCGGCACGUCCGGCACUGCCGGCCCGGUGUCCUGCCCAAUCCCGGCUUCAUGCGCCAGCUCGACUUCUACGAGGGCAUCCUGAGUGCCAGGUCUGUGGCAGCCGGCACAGCAGCCUGUGGGAGCCCCGGCCGGCCGAGCAGGCGCCGCACCCCGAGGAGGACACGGCGAGGGACACGAGCGGGCUGUCCUCGCUGUCCUCCUCGCUGUCCUCCUCGCUGUCCUCCCCGCUGGCGUCCCCGCAGCCCUCCGAGGAGGAGGCAGCUGCUGGGGGGCUGCUGGGGGCUUCCCGGCGCCCCCGCAUCUCCCUGUGCUCCGUCAUGCGGAGUAUCAGCCUGCUGGAGACCCCCGAGCAGCUGGGGGAGCCCCUGGCCGAGGAGGUGUUCGAGGCCGCGGAGGAAGCAGAGGGUCCAUCGCCGAGGUCACGGCCCUCGUCCCGCCCGCGCGGGGUGGUGCGCCAGGCCAGCCUGGAUGGCGGCCCCGCCCCGCUGUGUGACCACAUCCAUGGUGACGGCCACACCCAGGCACCUGGCCACGCUCACAGCGAUGAACCCACUCCUUAAUUUGGGAGGCAUGGCACAGCGCCUCCUCGCUGCCAUAGCAACAAGGGGACGGGAGUGGCCUACGGCCGGGGGCGUGGCCAGCGGCCGGCGCGCCCCGCCCACGCCCCGCCCGCACGCUGAGGCUGGGAGGUGCUUCUGCCUCAGCGCCACACGCACAGACACCUACACCACUCCUGCACUGGCAAUAAAGUGUGGAAAUGCAGCUCCUCAUGGCCUUGUGACCCUGAGCACCUGGAAGGUUGGGGUGCUGUCAGUAGGGACUAGAGUGAACGCUUUGGGGGCACCGGGCGGUCACGGGAAUUCAGCGGCGCCAUGUUGUGCGGCACGGAGGAAACUACAACUCCCGGCGACCUUUGCGCGAAAACAACUUCCGGGUUGCCACGGCAACCGUCGCGGCCUAGGCCGGGACUGGCGCCUAGACUGGAAUCAGGAGUGGAAUUGGUGCUGGAAGAGGAACCAAGGGAGUCCCGAGGCCUGACAGCGGAGGACUAAAGCACAGAGAGCCGCAGCUCGUUGUGGCCGUGGCGGAGGGGAAAGCCGGGUGCUCCCCCCACCACCCCGUGAGAUGGCGUCAACCCCCUCCCUUCACAUUAUGUCACCCCUGACCCACAGGACACCUUCGGGUUGCUCCAAGCCCCAUCCAACCAGGCCUUGGACACUUCCAUGGGCAGCUAUGGCAGACACUUCUCUGGGCAAUCUGCCAUGGCCUCACCACCCUCACAGGGAGGAAUUUCUUCCCAAAACCCCACCUAAACCCACUCUCCCAGGGAAGGAGCUUCCUGGCUGGAACUGCCCCUGAGGUUGCUGCUGUCCAUCUCCUUGGGCUGUUCCUGCAGCUGGAGCCAUCCCAGACAUUUCCUCCUUUCCUGGGACACCCCACAGGCUGGGACUGGCCCUCUGCCAAGGAAGCAGCAUGGGAAUCUCCUUCUUCCCACCAGGAGGGCACAACCCUGGGUUGGCUUGUUUUUUGGGGGUCCACCUAAACAUCUCCAUCCUGUGCCCAGCAGAGGAAUUAUGCCUCUGUAGAAGAUAUCCAAGGGACAGUAGCUCCAACAGAGGGACCAGAUCUGCCUGGAUAACAUGAUCCAGAGGGUCAGGAGCCUGCAGUGCAAGUGGGACGGGAAUUGUGGGUGUCCCCCCUCACCCAUCCCAGCCUAUCCCUGGUUACUACUGGCUCAAACA